CUCUCGAGGCGCCCGACUUCCGGAGGCGCCUCCCGGCGGCGUGCUGCCGAGGGGGCAGCCGUCCGCCCGCGCCGCGGCAGCAAAAAAAUGAAACGGCAGCCGAGGCCCGCCGGGCCCUUCGGUGGCGGCGAGCGAGGGAAGGGAGGGGGGGGGCGAGGAGAUGGCGUAUCAGGGCAGCCGAGAUCGGCUGUUUGGGUGGACGCAUCGGGCGCCGCGGCCGCUCCAGAGCGUUCCGGAACGCUCCCUCGGACGGAUCUGUCUCGAACCUGGGCCCGUCCGAACACGGCAGGGUGCAUGGCCUCGCGGUCCAGACUCCGAGGCGCGAUCCCCAGGAUUGCCGCGCAGGAGGAGCAGACCGCCUGCUCGGCCAGCGUGCCCGUGGUUCGGCGGCGGGCCGGGGGGGGGCCGGCGAGAGGGGGGGCAGGCCUUCUCCUUAUGGCGGCGGGGCUCGUCAGAAGCCCCCUCGGCUGUCUGGGAAGCCUUCUGCAGCUUCGGAGAAGGCGCGGAAAGCUGAUAAAUUGGCCAGGGGCCUUCUAAGCCUUCCGCGAAGCCCCACCCCCUCUGCCGCCCCCCAAGGGGGGCGCCGCCGAGUCGCGUCAGCUACUAAAAAUGCGUGCGGGCACAGGUAGCCAUGCUUGAGGAACGGCUCCUCUGCCCGGCUGGGACUCGAGUGUCCGAUGGUCCUGAAUACGCGUCCGUGCGCGGAACCAUGGCUGGCCCGAGCGGAUGAAGACACUAUAUGUCACCCCUGGACGCCCGAACAGCCGCAUCAAUGAAUCUGGAACGACGUGCCCAAACCAGCUUGAGCGGCACGCUUCAAAGCGCGUCCAAAACAGCUCGAUCUUGACUAUCAUUGGGACCCUUCCGAAUCGGCGAAAGCGUUCAGCAUAUCCUUCACCAUGGGGAGCAUCUGCUUUCGGGUGCCGUCCUCAAAUGUCCAAUAGCCUUGGAAAAGGUUCUUGAGGCCCACAAAUGGCGACUCCGCUUGUUUGAGGUGUGGGUUCUGCCCAUCAUACCAUUGUCCCUGUUCGGGCUGCAUGUGCUGGAUAUCACUCAUGUACUCCACCAGUGCCGCGUUCGUUGUGAGCACAGCGAGUUCCCCAGGUGGAGGUGAUUGAUCAGGACACUUGAGGAGGAACACGGCAUCGUAGUUGAACUUCUGCAUGAAAACCUCCACCUGGUGCUCGAAAUCCUGCGUUGUCCAGGACAGGCCAGAGUCCGAACCUGUCAUGAACGAGCUCAUGUUGUCAAUCGGCAAUUCAGGCAUCGUGAAAGAUAUGCCACCAUCUGCGCCACCCUUUGCAUCCUUCAAAAAGAAAUCCUCCACGGAAAAACCCUCAACGCUGCGCUUUAAGUCCAGCAGCUGGUUGGCCCACAUUGACCACUGCGACAGCAGAAUCAUGCGGCCGGACGUCCUUGUCGUACGGCUUCGUCUUGGAGGGGUCCCAGUCCUGGUGCUGAACGGCGAGCAGCAGCGUUGACCACUCGGGGUUCUCGCUGAGGAAGUUCGCGCCACUCUCCGUCUGCGUACUCUGCUUGAUCAGUGUCCCGAUCAGCGAGGAGCAGCUGCCAACGAGGUCAAUGUAGCAGUCGAUGUUGCCCUGCGGAUGUCCACCUGUCUGGUCAGCGUGGUGAUCCACUACGAAAUCGACAUGCGAGGCCAGGUCCUGGUCCGCUUUGUCUUGGAGACCGGCGACAUUGAUCGCGUUAUGGUCGACAAGGAAGAAGCGUGUAUCAUCAUCAACAUGGAUUUCGUCCGCAACCUGAUGAAUAUCAGACUGUCUGCACUGAUGUUCAGCAUCUCCAACAACACGAACUGUACGUCCUUCCGAAGGUGGAAAUUCUUUCGCUCGAAAUUGAUAACGGGGAAAAUUCCAUCAUACUGGAAGUCGGACUUGCUGAUGCCGUCAAAACUGCCUCCACACUUCGAGUCGGGUACCGACAGAGAAGCAUUGUGCGCAAGAAAUUUUGAAAAGCUGGCAACAUGCAGAAAAGAGGCGAGCGCAAUUGCACCCGCGACGGAGUCCAUAUCACCGCCUGGGUUGCCAACGACCACAAGAGCGCCCCCAGCCAUGCGGCUUCGGCUCUCCAAGGUCGCCUUCAUUUCAGCAAGGGUAGACGCAAUUUUGGCAUCCUGAAGGCCCCAGGGAUUGAUGGAUUGAGGUCCCCACGGAUGCGGAUUGGAUUGUUCGACGAAACUGCGUUGUGAUAGGUCUGCGGCGCCCUCUGAUGCAAAGGAUGCCUGGAGGCGCUGCUGCAUUAACUGCGGGGUCCUUGCCAGCAUGGCCACCCCAUCGCCCUCUUGACACUCUUGGCCUCCUGUGCUGCAUGCGCCAGGAUCGACACCGCCACUGCCAACUGCAAGCGCAACCAACAGCUGCAGGGCCACGAACAUGCUCGAGGUGCCACUGGCCACUGCAGGCUUCAGCCGAUGUAAUUAGCCAGAGCGAGAUCGGCGGCUUGAGCCUAAACU